AUGCCAAAGGUCCCAGAGGGUGCAAAGAAGAUGCUAGAAUUCAUCCACAGCGAUGUCUGUGGUCCUAUGCAAACAGGUUCGCUCGGUGGAUGCAGAUACUUUGUCACGUUCAUUGACGAGUAUUCACACUUUAGUGUGGUGCUCUUGCUUAAGAACAAGUCUGAAGUGGCUUCUAAGUUUGCCCAAUUCGUCGCAUUUGCAGAGACUCAGACAGGCAACCGCGUCAAGCUACUUCGCAGUGACAACGGCGGAGAGUACAAGUCGCAUGAGAUGACCGAGCUGUGCAGCAGUCGUGGCAUUGUACAAAAGCUCACGCCUCCCUACACACCUCAACUCAACGGAGUGGCAGAACGGAUGAACAGGACAUUGGCGGAAUGCGCUCGCUGCAUGUUGGAGCAUGCCGUACUGUCCAAGGAAUAUUGGGGUGAAGCGGUUGUAACCGCUACAUUUCUUCGAAAUCGAUGUCCAACACGUGCCACAAGUCAAGACAAGUUGCCACAUCAAAUCUAG